AUGGCUUUCAUUAAGUCAGAUUUAGGAGGUGUUCUGCCACUGCUGGCGUCAGGUAAAGUGCGAGAGCUAUACGAUGUCGACUCAAAAUGCCUGCUCUUUGUGACUACCGACAGAAUUUCUGCCUUCGAUGUUAUCAUGAAGAAUGGUGUGCCAGAAAAAGGCCUUGUCCUGACGUUGAUGACUGUGCACUGGUUCCAAUAUCUCCAGAAACAGAUCCCUGACCUCAAGACCCAUUUCAUUUCUCUCGACCUACCACCUACGAUCCCGAAAGAUGUUGCUGCUCAGUUGAAAGGCCGAAGUAUGCUUGUGCGCAAGCUCAAGGUAUUUCCGCUAGAGGCCAUAGUCCGAGGAUACAUCACAGGAUCCGCCUGGUCCUCCUACAAGACAACCGGUGAGGUAAAUGGGAAGAAGAUGACAGAGGGCCUACAAGAGUCCCAAGAGUUCCCUGAGCCCAUCUACACUCCCAGCACCAAGGCUGAGCUGGGUCGUCAUGAUGAGAAUAUCUCAACAGAACAAGCGGCUCAUAUUGUGGGUGAGAAGUACGCGAAAAGAAUAGAGGAAUUGUCGCUUCGCAUCUAUAAGGCGGCAAGAGACUACGCAAAGGAAAAGGGGAUCAUCAUCGCGGACACGAAAUUCGAAUUUGGCUUGGAUGAGGAGACGGACGAAGUUGUGCUUGUAGAUGAGGUGCUUACUCCAGACAGCUCGAGGUUUUGGUCGAAAUCUGCCUACAAGCUCGGUCAGAGCCAGGAGAGUUUUGACAAGCAGCCACUGCGAGAUUGGUUGACAGAUAAUGGUCUGAAAAACAAACAGGGUGUGGAAAUGCCUGAGGAUGUGGUUGAAGCCACCCAUGUAAGAUACCUCGAUGCAUUCAAAAUCUUGACGGGGAGGUCUCUACAGGAGACUCUUCAAGAUCUGAAAUAG